CUCGCGAAGACAGUUGUGUCUCUCGAACUAAGGAUACAAUCCCUCGUUGUGAAAUUCCCAUCUAAUUCCCCAGAGAACAUCGAGCAACAUAAUGUUACGCAUCUUCAAUUUUAGGUUGCGCAAGACCGCUAGUCGGGAACAAGAGGACACCGCACCUGCCACUCCAACCACUCCCUCGCGCUUCCUAUCCCACCUCUCCAAGCACCCGGACAAGCCCACACGUCAGCUGCUCCAACCAUAUUUGGAAUAUGAGACUUGGUUACGGAGGCAGUUCACCACGCCAAAACCCACUAUCGGUGGUUCCGGAGAUUUGGUGUCAGUCUAUGCCUGGCGUCAGAGCUCGCUUAGAAUUCGUACCACAGAUCGCAACGAGACUCCCGCGGCCCAAUAUAUCAUGCCGCUCGAAAACGAGCAACGACUACCGGAAGGGGCCCCGGCAAUUGCAGCCUCGUUCGCAGAGUUCCAAUAUCAGUUCGAAGCUUUCACUCACGGCGUUCUCCAAGGUAUUGACUGGUCGAAUAUUGUGGUUGCUGGAUCAGCUGCACUCAUACCCUUGCUUCCCAUCCGUGAAGACGUAUCACUUACUGCGACUGCUGCAGUGGAACGGCGAGAAGAGCACUACUAUCAAACGAUUGCAGACGCCAGUGACAUCGACAUCUUCAUAUAUGGCAUCAAUAGUGAAGAAGCGGCGAUCAAGCGCAUCCAGAAGCUGGAAGCGGUGAUUCGGAAGAACCAGCGAUUAAUUCCUGGUGAAGGUCUUUGUUUACGUACCAAGAACACCGUGACGUUCAUAUCCCCAAAAUGGCCAUUCCGUCACAUCCAGGUGGUCCUACGGUUAUAUCGAUCUGUGACUGAGAUAUUGACUGGGUUUGAUGUUGACUGCGCCUGCGUUGCCUUUGAUGGACGUCACGUCUACACUACACCGCGAGGCGCUACGGCGAUAGCAACACGCACAAACACCAUCAAUCUUACUCGCCGAAGCCCAUCUUACGAGAUGCGCUUAUUCAAGUACCGAAAGCAGAACUUCGAGGUCUUCUGGGAAUCCUUGGACCGAUCGCGCGUGGACAUGGACCUAUUCGAGAAACUUUUCAGCGAUCGUUCUAUCCAUCCUAAAAACGUCAAAGGACUCGCUCGGCUAAUAUUGGGAGAAAUUGCCGUAAGCGGCCGAUAUGCCUACAGCGACUAUUUGACAACUCGGGCAUUGAAGAAGCUCGACGAUGCUCGGGACCCCGAAUUGAUAGGUCCCACCGUUUAUACGAGCAUAGAGGUUCCGUAUACCAAACGACUCACAGCAGAUGAUGUCCGCUCAUUCGUGGCCAGUCAUUCUAGCAUUCCAUUUUUGUUCGGCACAUUAGACCAGAUCAUCAAGGGAUCCGGCUCUCGAAGACCACAAGACAAGGACUUGGCGGGAAGACUCAGUUUUAUGAAGGACAACCCUGGGCGACAGAUGAUUGGCAGUUUCUAUCCCCUAGACGAACGGGGCUGGGCUGAGGCCGCGUACGAGAUUAUGGAAUAUUUAUCUGACAGUGAAGAAUACCCGUCAGAGAGCGACGAAUCAGAAGACCAGGAGAGUGACGAGCAGAGCAGUGACCAGCAGAGCAGUGACCAGCAGAGCAGUGACCAGCAGAGCAGUGACCAGCAGAGCAGUGACCAGCAGAGCAGUGACCAGCAGAGCAGUAACGCGCAGAAUAAUGGCGAACAUGAUCAAGAGGAAUGGAAUAAUGAGGAAGAUAGCAGCCAGGGAAACGGCAGUGGAGAGCAGGAAUUCGGUGAACAAGAUAGCGAACAGCAGGACAGCACAGAGCAGAAUAUUAGCGGGGAGCAUAGUGUGCUACAAGAUAACCAUGGACAGGACAAGAAGGUAGAAGAAAGCAAGGAACCAGGAAACAGAGAGACUGGUGAAACAAGGGUACUGGAGAAUGGUGACAACACUGGCAUCCCCAGUAGGGAGCAGUGACGUGGGUAUAGCGGCGAGCAGGAGUACUUGAGAUCCAUUAUCACUACGGUUCUGAUGUAAUCCACUAUAAGAUCAGUGAGUUAUAGCAUAGUGUAGGCUAUCAUGGAUGAUGCGGUGUAACCAGUCC